GACAGUGCUUUUCUGUAGUGCAACAGCGCAGAUUCUAUGCUGUAUACCACAAAUAAUGCCUGGUUUGGAAUAUAUUAUUUCAUUCACGACUUCACGUUUUUAUUGUUUUCGGUAGAGGAGUAGACCAAUUGAAACCUCAUAUCUUCAUUUACGAAUCGAUUCUUUAUAGUUGUUCGCUGUAGAAACUUGAACUAGAACUUGCUCUCUCCCGCUUCGGAAAGCAAUGAAACGACAGCAAAGUGCAGUGUCGCCGAUAUUGUUUUCAGUUACCUAUGCGCCCUGGCAUGCUGAGCGUUGAUCCGGGUGUGGCUUUUGGAAGGUGGACAAGAUUGUCAUUGGAACUUCGGCUCAAUAGUGGUUUGUAAGGAUGUCUGCAGCAAACAACACGCGGGACAAACUGCGCGACCUCGCCCUGGAGGAAGGGGAGAUGUACAGGAAUCCAACAGAUGUGAAGAUGAGCCAGAUAGUGAUGCCGUGCCACGCCAACCACUGCCAGGAGCUCAGCGUAGGCCAGUUGCUGAAGUGGAUGGAUUCAACAGCCUGUUUGUCAGCUGAACGACAUGCUGGGUGCCCCUGUGUCACAGCCUCAGUUGAUGACAUCUACUUUGAGUGUACCAUCGCAGUUGGACAGGUGGUCAAUAUCAAGGCCAAGGUGAAUCGGGCUUUCAACUCCAGUAUGGAGGUUGGCAUUGAGGUGACAUGUGAGGAUCUCUUCAGUGGAUCCAGCUGGAAGGUGUGCAAUGCCUAUGCCACAUUUGUGGCCAGACAUCCAGAGGGAGGAAAGGUGCACCUGAAGCAGCUGGUUCCCCGCACUCAGGCGGAGCAGGCAGAACACAGCGUUGCAGCGGAGCGGAGGAGAAUGAGGCUCAUCCAUCAUGAUAUUAUGAAGGACAUUUUGAGCAACGAGUCCUUCCAAAAGGGGAUCACAGAGGGGGCAGAGAGCCAGGACCUUCAGGAGGCUGUCCCUGCAGAGAAGAGCCGUGUGGAGAGUGUUGAGCUGGUGCUGCCCCCCCAUGCCAACCACCAGGUCAACACCUUUGGCGGUCAAAUCAUGGCCUGGAUGGAAAAUGUGGCUACCAUUGCAGCCAGUCGUUUAUGCAAUGCCCAUCCCACGCUGAAGACUAUCGACAUGUUCCACUUUAGAGGGCCCUCCAGUGUUGGAGAUCGGCUGGUGCUGAGAGCCAUUGUCAACAAUACCUUCAUGCACAGUAUGGAGGUGGGUGUGUGUGCGGAAGCUUAUAAGGGCGAGGAAGCGCUUCGGCAUAUCAACAGUGCUUUCAUGACCUUUGAGGUCCUGGAUAAAGCAGGGAAGCCACAGACUCUGCCCCCGAUACGACCCGAGCCGAAGGAGGGGAAAAGGAGGUACCAGGAGGCCAUUGCAAGGAAAAAGAUCAGACUUGACCGGAAAUACAUCAUCUCCUGUAAGCAAACCGAGAUGCCAUUGUCUGUCCCCUGGGACCCCAGUAACCAGGUAUACCUGAGCUACAACAAUGUGUUUGCCCUGAAGAUGCUGGCAGCCAGAGACAAUUGGGUCCUGAAUCAUGAGAAGAAUCAGGUGAGGCAGUACAGCAUGGAAGAUGACCACUUCCUGUGCUUCAGGGUGGAAGCCGAGGUGGAGGUCCCCGCCGCCACAGCCUUCCGCCUGCUGUCUGACCUCAGCCGCAGGCAGGAGUGGGACAUGUACUACAACUCUUGUGACUUGAUUACUGAGGUCGAUGAUGACGACAGGAUCUAUCGCGUGGUCACCCCGUCUGUCGGUGAGGUCGGUAAGGUUCAGGACUUCAUCCUGCUGGCGUCCAGGAGGCCACCGUGUGAUCAAGGGGAUCCGUAUGUUGUUGCUCUGCGCUCUGUCACGCUGCCCACUCAUGCGCCCACCCAGGACGUCAACAGGGGAGAAGUGCUGUGUGCCGGCUUCACCAUAUACGAGGUCUCCAACAGCACUGCUAAGAUCUCCUACUACAACCAGGCCAGUGCUGAGGUGCUGCCCUACAUCUCCACGGACAUCGCAGGCCUCUCCUCCAGCUUCUACUCCAGCUUCUGCAACUGCAGCCGCUUCCUGCUGGAGCACAAGACUGAUGCCGUGCCACGCACAGUGGCCUCCACUGCACUUUGAUACUUUGGAGCGUCAGUCAGCCAGCGUUGUCCAAAUGUAAGAAACACUGUUUUUUUGUUGUUGUUUUCUGUAUUUUGAUUGGCCAGUGUAUGUCAUUCACACAGCAGUCAAGUGUGAUUUUAAUAGUUUUUAUUAGGAAUUUUGUACUGACAAAUGUUAUGAAAUGUAUGCCUGAGCCUAAAUGAUUCAAACAGCAUAAAUAGAGGUAUGGAAAUUUGUUUACAUAUGGAUCUGUUUUUUGUAUUAAUGUCAGAACAAGGUACAUUUCAGUCUUUGUAUUAUUAACAAUGACUUGGGAGAAAUUCAUCAUGUUUACACAGUGUUCCUUUCUUGGCAUUGGAUUGGAUUGGAUUGGAUUGUGAGACUGCAAAUUCAAGAGUAUUUUGUAAAUAAAGCAAUGACUGCUGCCAUAAAGACUUCCUAGACAAUUA